AUGGAGUUCUUUGAAGGGCUGGAGAAGGAGAUAGAUGACGGUGGUUUACGAUUCAGCGAGAGAUGUUACUCGACUUCGGAGGAAUUGCAGUUUGGUGACAGUGUUAAUUGCAACGUUGUUGAGGAGGCGAAAAGUGUUGGACAUGGUGGUUGUAAUGGGAGUGGAAUUGGUUUGAAUGGAAUAUAUAGCAGUGAUGGCAGCGGUGAAAAUGAAAUUGGUAGGAUGGUCCGGGAGUUGAUAGACAAACCCGGAGAAGACAAUUAUUUGGAAGAAGUACGUCCAGAUAAACACAACAGCGAGUGGAUUAAUCAUUUGAAAGGGAAGGAUUUGACGAAGGUAUCUGUAUCAGACCUACAUAACAUUUUAUUUAAAAGUGUGGAUGAGGCGGAAGAGUUCUAUGCUUAUUACUCCUUCGUAGUUGGUUUCAGCUGGAAAAGGGGGAGAAGUGAGCGGAAAACCUUAAAUGGCGAUGAGAUACUGUGGAGGAGGUGUUGGUUGUGUUCGAAAGAGCGCAUGUACAGGGGGGAACGAAAUGGUACUAAGAAAGGUUCAACUUGUGAUGACAUUACAUGUGAUGAUGCUGACAAUGAUACGUUCCAGGUAUUUGGGAAGAAGAAGAGAAAGGGCAUUAAAAGGGGACAAAAAUACAGUGGGACAGAUUGUAAAGCCCAUUUGAACAUAAAGUAUGAUAAAGGCAGUGGAAAGUACGUUGUACUGUCGUUUGAACCCGCUCACAACCAUGGACUGGCCGAGGUUCACGAGAGGCAUGUGCUGCGGUCGAAUAGGUAUGUUGAUAGGCAGGAUAUAGAAGAGGUGAAAGCCCUACUGUCGGCUAAUGUGUCUAUUAGCGGUGCUUUUGAUUUUAUGGUGAGGGAAAUGGGUGGCUCAGCAUUUGUAGGAUUCAGUCAGAAGGAUUUGUAUAACGCACUUCAAAGAGAGAAAAGACGAACUGCAGUACUUGGCGAUGCUGAAACUGCAAUCAAUUGGCUGCGUAUGAAAGGCGCAGAGGAAGAACACUUUUUCUCUAGAUUCUGUAGGGAUGAAGAAAGAAGGUUGGCUCGUCUAUUCUGGAGGGAUCAUGUAUCUCUAGUGGACUACCGUAAUUUUGGCGAUGUGUUAGUAUUGGACAGCACAUACAAAACCAAUGUAUAUGGGAUGCCUUUGUUGGUGUUUGUGGGUGCUAACAACCACCGAGCUAGUGUUGUAUUUGGAUGUGCACUGUUGGCUGAUGAGAGGGAAGAAAGUUUUUGCUGGGCCAUUCAGACAUUCCUACAGUCAAUGGAAGGAGUUGAUAUGCCGAAAUCAGUUGUGACUGAUGGCGACGAACGAUUAAUCAAUGCCGUAGAGAUCCACAUUCCAGAAGCCAGACACCGGCUAUGUUCAUGGCACAUUGGCAGAAAUGUUACUCAGAAUGUGAAGAACGCGGACGUUCAAAAAUUGUUGGGGAAGAUGAUAUUUGCAUCGUAUACUGUUCACGAGUGGGAGGAUGCAUGGAAUACUAUGGUCGCGAAAUACAAUUUGGAGGACAAUUCAUGGAUCAGUUCUCUCUAUGGAAGGCGUAAGAAGUGGGCGGAGGCUCAUAUGAGGGGAAUCUUCUUUGGAGGGAUGUGUAGUACACAACGUUGUGAAUCGAUGAACCGAGUUGUGAAGCUAAGUGUCGGGAAAUACACUACUCUGACUGAUUAUGUACCUAGACUGUACCAUGGUCUUUCUCGACUUAGAGACCGGGUAAUUCUUGACAAUUACAAGUCGCGAGACCAUGCAAGGGAUUACCGUACUCAGUUCAAGUCAAUGGAGGAACAAGUGUUUAAUAUCUUCACAGAUGAUGUAUAUCUUGUCAUCCGUGGGCAGAUGAAGUUUGAAUCGAGUUUUAUUUUUUCACACCGUGUUGAUCUGGAUGAUAGCUGUAGUCAUUCAUACAUAACACAGUACGAAAAAGAGGGAAGGUGCUGGAUUGUUUCAUCUAUCCGUGAUAGCACAGAUUCGGACAGUACGUACUCUUGUUCAUGUAAGUUAUUUGAAUCUGAUGGAAUAGCCUGCAGUCACAUUUUUUGUGUUCUUAAAAAGCAGAAAGUUACGGAUUAUCCUAAAUCCCUCAUUUGUAAGCGAUGGACCAAAUCAGUGGGCACCAAUACAAGCGUCCACACAGCAUGUACUGGAAACAGAGAUGGAUCCGAAUCAUGUAGGUUUUUAACUCUGAUGAGCAUUGCGAAGAAAGCCUGCGCAAAUUUGGCUAAAUCCGACGAAGGUUACGAGAAAGGACUGUGGGAUCUAAAUAAGCUUACAGAGGAGUCACUGAAGUUUAGAGCUGUCAAAAAGCGAAGGCUGAACACGGGAUGUAGCGAUAAUGUUGUUCUCAACCCUGUGAAAGCGAGAACUAAAGGCAUGCAUGGGCAUACUGUAGAGGGUGGUAAUAAAGGUGGAACUUUCAAAGGUAAUUGCUGUGGGCAUUGCCAAACUCCUGGUCACAAUAAAAGAACAUGUCCAAUGUUACAUCCGGAACUGCAAAAUGGCAAUAGGAAAUUAACAAUGUCCGGUUCCAAGUCAGCAAACAACGGUCAACAAGGCAACAAUGAAGUGGACGAAUGUUUUAUUCCGAGCGGCACAGGCGAACAGCCAACAGGUAAUUUGGGUUAUCCUUCUUCAUCUGAUUUGCUGCCUGAUAUGUCGGUAGGGGAUUCGUUUGCAACCGAGAGGAACAUGUUCAUAAAUCAGGGUUAUGAUGCAAUUGUUGAUAUGAGCUCCCAGGUAUAA